GUCUAUGAGUAUAUAUAAACAGUUGAUUGGUUUUCAAAACCUCUCGGACUCAAUAAUCAAUUCAUCUUCCCAAACGCGACUUUGCGGUUUCCAGAUUCUUCUUCAUCCUCGUUCGCCAAGACCUUACGUUGCCCCAAAGGUUAGGUUGUGCAGGUGGGACUGUGGGAGUAGAAACUUUGGUCUCAAAUGAUUAUCCAGAUGAUUGUGGAGCUUUGACCUGCAGGAUUCAAUCAUACAAUCUGAUUUGUUUAGGAUUCUUGGUUUGUAAACGUUGUACAGAAAAUUAUUCUGGGAAACGCACUGGGUUUUCCCAUCAAAUUGCAGAUUUGUUGCUGCUUUUGUUCUUGUUUUCCCUGGAAUGGUAAAUAGAAGUUAAACAGAUUGUUUGAUCUGAGGGAGAGUUAAAGAGAUUUGGGUACGAUGACGGAUAGGAUGCAGAGGUUUCUUGUGGAGGUUCUCACAGAACCUCAACGCGGAGGGGAGUCGUUGCUUGGUUCUAUCAAGAUUGCAGUUUUACCCAUUGCUAAAGUUUUCACAAUGUGCUUCAUGGGGUUUCUCAUGGCUUCUAAGUUUGUCAAUGUUUUGCCUGCAAAUGGAAGAAAACUUUUAAACGGGUUGGUCUUUUCACUUUUACUCCCGUGCCUGAUAUUCGCCCAACUUGGACAAGCAAUCACAUUUGAGAAGAUGCUUCAGUGGUGGUUUAUCCCGGUUAACGUUGUCCUUGCCACAAUAUCAGGCUCCAUAAUAGGUCUAUGUAUUGCAACAAUCAUCCGUCCGCCAUAUCCAUUCUUCAAGUUUACGAUUAUACAUAUUGGAAUAGGGAAUAUUGGAAAUGUACCACUUGUGCUGAUUGCAGCAUUAUGCCGUGAUAAAUCAAAUCCUUUUGGUGACUCUGAUACGUGCUCUCAAGAUGGAAAUGCAUACAUCUCAUUUGGCCAAUGGGUUGGAGCAAUUAUCCUGUACACCUACGUAUUCCAUAUGCUUGCACCUCCUCCUGAAGGUACCUUUGACAUUGAAGAUGGGCAUCUUCCAUUGAAGGCUCCUAAUAGAGUUAGCUCACAUACUGCUGCAAAGGACAUCUCCCAUGAGCAACUUCCAUUGCUUGUGCAGGAGCCUCCAACUCCUGAGUCAACUGGUUCACACAAAGAUAAGAUUAUGGAAUUCUUCAGGUUUCUGUACGAAAAGUUGAAGCUUCAGCAAAUCAUCCAACCGCCCAUAAUUGCUUCAAUUCUAGCUAUCUUCUUAGGAUGUAUUCCAUUCUUCAAGAAACUUAUAUUCACUUCAGAUGGUCCAUUUUACUUCUUCACUGACAGCUGCCUUAUUCUUGGGGAGGCCAUGAUUCCAUGCAUAUUAUUGGCAUUAGGAGGCAAUCUUGUUGAGGGUCCAGGAAGUUCAAAACUUGGUUUACGGACAACGGCUGCGAUCAUAUUUGGGCGGUUGGUUUUAGUUCCUCCAACCGGGCUUGGAAUUGUCACGUUGGCUGAUAAACUCGGUUUCCUUCCCGCCGGUGACAAGAUGUUCAGAUUCGUCCUCCUCCUCCAACACACCAUGCCAACUUCUGUGCUUUCCGGGGCGGUUGCGAAUUUGAGAGGGUGUGGGAGAGAGGCGGCGGCAGUGCUGUUUUGGGUUCACAUUUUUGCGGUUUUCUCUAUGGCCGGAUGGAUCAUCCUCUACCUCAACAUAUUGUUUUAAGCCGGUACUACUACUACUUUCAGCCCUCAUAUGUAUGUACAACUCCCAUCCCAGUGUUCAUACCAAAAAUGUGAUUCAAUUCUUUUAUGAGAAAUUUACCUAAAUAGGACUAAAACAUAAUGACUUUCCCAAUAUAGGACCAUAUGUUUUUAUUUUCUAAUGUAUGAUUUUUGGUCAUUAUGAAGUAGUCAUUAUUCAAGUAAAUGUCUAUCAUUACUGGACAUUAUUCCUCUCACAAGGUCAUUAUUAAGUCUUAUUUAGGAAAUAAAAAAGUUUAAGUCCUACAUUAGGAAAGUCAUUAUGUUUUAGUCCUAUUUACUGCAAAUUUCACUUCUUUUAUUCUGCUUAUCUUCUCAUGUAAUAUUAACAGACGAAAAUAUUACUCCCCGUAUUAGAAAGAAGUCAUCUUUACCUAAAAAAAACACUUCUUAUGG